UCAAGACAUCAAAUAUAUUUAGCAAACAAAAUUAAUCAAAAUGAAAGCUAAAACAUGGUGGCAAUAGAAAUAAGACGCAUCUCAAUUUCCAUAUUUAUUUUUCCCCACAGAAAGAAAUAUGAUGAUGGGACGUAAAUAAAGGUGAGAAACUACAAUAUGAAUAAUCAAGUCCAACUUGUUGCUUGUGGCUUGUGACUGAGCAAAAAUAAAAGUCAUCAUCUCUUUUUUUCUCUCUCUCCAAACAAUAUGAAUAAUCAAGUCAUCCUCCUCCAUUUCUGAGACACACAAAGACUCACAAAAUAAAUCAAGAACCCUAAUAUUUAAACUAUAUCCUGACAUAACCACAGGAUCAUCAUAUUCCAUAGAUGGAGGGAGAGACCGUAGCGAAGGCAGCGGCGAGUUCCUCCUCAUCUCCAAGCCGCUAUGAGUCUCAGAAAAGACGAGACUGGAACACUGUCCUUCAGUAUUUAAAGAACCAUAAGCCACCUCUGAACCUGUCUCGCUGCAGUGGCGCACACGUCAUCGAGUUCCUUAAAUACCUCGACCAGUUUGGUAAGACCAAAGUCCACGUCCCGGCUUGUCCCUUCUUCGGAGAGCCAAACCCACCAGCUCAAUGCACGUGCCCUCUCAGGCAAGCUUGGGGAAGCCUCGACGCUCUCAUCGGUCGUCUUAGGGCUGCGUUCGAGGAAAUAGGCGGUGGUCUUCCCGAGUCAAACCCUUUCGCUGCCAAGGCUGUUAGGAUCUAUCUUAAAGAAGUCCGUGAAACUCAGGCUAAGGCUCGAGGGAUUCCCUACGACAAGAAAAAAAGGAAAAGGCCUCUUCUAGCCAAGGCAACUCCUAACAUCGAUGAUGGAGAAGGCAGUGGAGGAAGUGGAGGUGCUGCUUUGGUUGUUGCUUCAACUAUGGUAUAGUCACUGCCACCGACGGAAUCCAAAUACACGAUAUGAUAUAUCUUAAUAAAGCAUAUAUAUAUAUUAUAUGGUAUAGUAAUUCUUAUGGUCUUUACUUUCUAAAUAAUGGUAUAUUUUGUGUAUUAAUUAUUGAGAUGUAAAAUGCAAUUUUAUACAUGGAAGAGAGGAGGACCCAUUAUUAAUAAGAUUUUAUAAUGUUUAGUUAUAUGCAGGGAUCCCUUAAUUUUAUUUUUUUGUCCACCGUGACUGAUUGAUCAGUACGAAAGUGUAUAAUUGUGACGUUUAUAUACGUGCGAACUCUUGAAGUUCACGUGAGUUGUGAUUUCUCUCACAAGUCACGAAUCUUCAGGUGCUUUCUUUUUAAAGCUUUAAUGAUGAUGGUGAGCUUUGAUGAUGAUGAUGGUGAUGAAUGAUGAUCAUCUUCCCACUCACAUAUCUUUUUUUCUUCUUACAGUGUCAACGACUUCAA